CAGCUGACUUUUAAACACAAUCUCCUUCUGUUUCAGUUUUAUAGACAGACACUGAGACUGGGGCACUUGUGCAAUGGAUACCUCCACCGGUGUUACCAACAGUUCCAGCCUCCAGAUUUCCCAUUUCAUCCUGACGGGGCUCCCGGGCAUUCAUGAGUGGCAGCACUGGCUCUCCCUGCCACUGACUCUGCUCUAUCUCUUAGCUCUUGGCGCCAACAUUCUUAUCAUGGUAACCAUUCAACGUGAGCCCAUGCUACAUGAGCCCAUGUACCACUUUCUGAGCAUAUUGGCAGUGGUGGACAUUGGCCUUGCCACCACCAUCAUGCCCAAGAUCCUGGCCAUCUUCUGGUUUGACGCCAAGGCCAUCAGCCUCCCUGAAUGUUUUGCUCAGAUCUAUGCCAUCCACUGCUUCUUCUGCAUGGAGUCUGGUAUCUUCCUCUGCAUGGCGGUGGACAGAUACAUAGCCAUCUGUCACCCCCUUCAAUAUCCUUCCAUAGUCACUCAAGCUUUUGUGCUCAAAGCCACAGGAUUCAUGAUGCUCAGGAAUGGCCUGUUGACCAUCCCAGUGCCUGUAUUGGCUGCCCAGAGAAACUACUGCUCUGGGAAUGAAAUUGACCACUGCCUCUGCUCUAACUUGGGGGUUAUCAGUCUAGCUUGUGAUGACAUCACCGUGAACAAAUUUUACCAACUGAUGCUAGCAUGGGUCCUGGUUGGGAGUGAUAUGGUUCUGGUAUUUUCUUCCUAUGCUCUAAUCCUUCACUCUGUGCUGAGGCUGAACUCAGCAGAAGCAACGUCCAAGGCUCUGAGCACCUGUAGCUCCCACCUCAUCCUCAUACUCUUCUUCUACACAGGUAUCAUUGUGGUGUCUGUCACACACCUUGCAGAAAAAAAUAUUCCCCUUAUCCCCAUACUCCUUAAUGUAUUACAUAAUGUCAUCCCCCCUGCGCUCAACCCCAUGGUCUAUGCACUCAGGAUGCACGACCUCAGACUAGGCUUUCAGAGACUGCUUGUGCUGCGUGAAAAAGUGUCCAAGUAACUCCAGCUUUAGGAAACCAUUAAGGUAUUAGGAAAUGACAGAGGUUUUAGCUCUCAAUAGACUUGGGUGGUAAUCUGUAAUCUC